CCCUCUCCCUCCCUCCUCCUCUCCCUCUCUCCCUCUCAUGCACGCACACACACACAUAUAUACACCUACAAAUCCUGCUGAAAGCAGGGAGAGAACUGCAGGCAGGCUCAUUUAGUAGAGGAAUUUCAAGUGACGUUUCUAAAUUACGCUGCUAGACUCAAAGCUGGCUGCCGACUUGUGUGACUGUGCAGUCAAGCAGCCCGUCUUUAUUCCACAACGAUGUCUGAGUUUAUUUUAGCCUUGCUAACCAUAUCGGGAUUAUUUCCUAUUGCUGAGGUGCAGACAGUGGGAGCUAAACAAGAACAUGUCACAUGUGAUGUGGGUGAAUUUCUUUGCCACAAUCAAGUGACUUGUAUCUCUGAGAACUGGCUCUGUGAUGGAGAUACAGACUGUCCAGACAGUUCUGAUGAGACUCUGGACAGAUGUACUGUGGAGGUAUUGGUGAAAUGCCCUCUGAAUCACAUAGCCUGUAUUGGUACAAGCAGAUGCAUUCACUAUAGCAAUGUUUGCAAUGGAAUGCUGGACUGUGCGGAUGGGUAUGAUGAAGGUGUGCAGUGUCGAGAACUCUUACCGAAAUGUCAGCAACUAGGAUGUCAGUAUGGUUGUGUCAUGACAAGAAAUGGAACAUUUUGCUACUGUGGAGAUGGCUUUGAAGUAGCAGAAGAUGGCCAUAGUUGCACAGAUUAUGAUGAAUGUGCUGUGUAUGGGACUUGUAGCCAAACCUGUAUGAACACCUAUGGGUCAUAUGGAUGCAGCUGUACAGAAGGAUAUGUAAUGCAAUCUGACAGAAAAUCCUGCAAAGCUAAAAUAGAACCCACAGACAGACCUCCAGUCCUCUUGAUUGUUAGCUCAGAAAGUAUUGCAGCAACAUAUCUUAAUGGAACCAUAGUACCAACACAAAACUCAUUGCACAGCAAUGGGGCUCUUACAUUGGACUUCAAUUAUGAUGAAGAAUCAGUUUGUUGGGUUACAGCUGUUGAAUCUACAAGUCAAUUAAGAUGUGCCAAGAUGACAAAGUUAAAGGGUUUUUCAGAAGAACGAGAAAUCAGAACAGCACAAAACCUUCACAAUGUGGAACAAAUGGCCAUUGACUGGCUAAGUGGCAAUUUUUACUUUGUGGAUCGGAUCAGUGACCGAAUAUUUGUAUGUAAUCAAAAUGAAGAUGCUUGCGUCACUCUCAUUGAUCUUGACCUUCAUAACCCAAAAGGAAUUGCUCUCGAUCCACUCGUGGGAAAGCUAUUCUUCACUGACUAUGGAAAUGCAGCCAAGGUGGAGCGAUGCAACAUGGAUGGAACAAAUAGGAUGAGAAUAGUGGAUUUUAAGACUGAACAGCCUACUGCAAUCGCCUUGGAUUUAGUGAAAAAGUUGGUGUAUUGGGCAGAUGUUUAUCUGGACUACAUUGAAGUGGUGGAUUAUGAUGGCAAAAACAGGCACACAGUUAUUCAAGGGGAAAAUGUGAAAUAUCUGUAUGGAUUGACAGUCUUUGAAGAUUACUUGUAUGCAAGCAGUUACGAUAUCAGUAGAGGCAGUAAGGUUGACAUCUUAAAGAUAAACCGGUUUAACAGCACGGUUCUCGUGAAUUUAACCACGAUGGAAAAUGCAAGGUCCAUUCAUGUCUAUCACAAACUAACUCAGCCAACAGUCAGAAGUCAUGCAUGUGAAGCAGAUCCAUAUGGGAUAUCAGGAGGGUGUUCACACAUCUGCCUGCUUAGUGGCAGCUACAAAUCGAGAACCUGUCGCUGUCGGCCUGGUUUCAUCCUUGGAAACGAUGGAAAAUCAUGCAAAAAACCCAAGACCGAGCUGUUCCUUUUUUAUGGAAAGGGGCGACCUGGAAUUAUCCGGGGAAUGGAUCUAAAUACUAAAUCAGCUGAUGAAUACAUGAUACAGAUAGAAAAUCUUGUGAAUCCACGGGCCCUCGAUUUUCAUGCUGAGGCAAACUACAUCUACUUUGCUGACACCACCAGCUUUUUAAUCGGAAGACAGAAAAUCGAUGGCACUGGACGAGAAACAAUCUUAAAAGAUGACCUUGACAAUGUGGAGGGAAUUUCAUUGGACUGGAUUGGAAAUAAUCUGUACUGGACAAAUGACGGACAUAGAAAAACCAUCAGUGUUGCCAGAAUGGAGAAGGCAUCUCAAACCAGGAAGACCCUGUUGGAAGGAGAUAUGUCUCAUCCAAGAGGCAUUGUGGUCGACCCACUAAAUGGUUGGAUGUACUGGACUGACUGGGAGGAAGAUGAAGUCAAUGACAGUAUUGGGAGAAUUGAAAAAGCAUGGAUGGAUGGCUCCAAUCGACAGAACUUUGUGACUUCAAAGAUGUUGUGGCCCAAUGGUUUAGCCCUUGAUUACGCGAACAGCAAACUGUACUGGUGUGAUGCCUACUAUGAUCACAUUGAGCAGAUUUUUCUAAAUGGCACAAAAAGAAUGGUGGUGUACAAUGGGAAAGAACUGAACCAUCCAUUUGGAAUAUCGCAUUACCGUAAUUAUAUUUUCUGGACCGAUUAUAUGAAUGGUUCCAUUUUCCAACUGGACCUGUUGACCAAAAAUGUGACUCUUUUAAGAAGUGAAAGCCCUCCACUCUUUGUUCUACGGGUCUAUGAUGCUCAAAAUCAGCAAGGUGACAAUGCUUGUCGUGUUAACUAUGGAGGCUGUAGUACUCUGUGUUUGGCCAUUCCUGGAGGCAGGGUUUGUGCCUGUGCCGAUAACCAGCACAUGGAGAAAAACAAUGUGACCUGUUCAAUUACUCCAGGGGAAGUCUUGCCUCAGCUAUGUAAAAGUCAUGAAUUUCAAUGUAAGAACAAGCGAUGUAUUCAAGCAAGCUGGAAAUGCGAUGGAGAUGAUGACUGUUUGGAUGGCAGUGAUGAAGGACUUGAGACCUGCUAUAAUCAUAGCUGCCCUGCUGAUCAAUUUAAGUGUCUGAAUAACCGCUGUAUUCCUAAGAGAUGGCUGUGUGAUGGAACAAAUGACUGUGGAAAUAAUGAAGAUGAGUCCAACUUUACAUGUUCAGCUCAAACGUGCCAACCCAACCAGUACUCAUGUGGUAAUGGCCGCUGUAUCCCUCAGACUUGGCUGUGUGAUCGGGAUGAUGACUGUGGGGACAAGUCAGACGAAGCUCCUUCAUGUGCUUUCCCUACCUGUGAACCGCUGACCCAGUUCAGCUGUACCAACGGAAGAUGCAUCAGCAUGAAAUGGCAUUGUGAUUCUGAUGAUGACUGUGGAGAUGGCAGCGAUGAGGCUGGGUGUGUUCGCUCCUGUUCCAAUAUUCAGUUCCAGUGCUCUAGUGGUAGAUGCAUUCCAGACCACUGGGCCUGUGAUGGAGAUAACGACUGUGGGGAUUUCAGUGAUGAAACUAAUGCUACCUGUACAGGGGAAGCUAUGCAUCCCCUAGGCGACUGUAACAGCGAGGAAUUUUAUUGUCAUACUGAUGGGACUUGUAUUCCUGAGCACUGGCACUGUGAUGGUGACAAGGACUGUGAGGAUGGCAGUGAUGAAAGGAGCUGUGAAGGAACCAGGAGAAUGUGUGACCCAAAAUCUAAAUUCACCUGUAAAGUAUCAGGGAAGUGCAUCAGUAAGAAUUGGGUUUGUGAUGGAGACAAUGACUGUGAAGACCUCUCAGAUGAAGAAAGCUGUGAGAAUGUAGCCUGUAAGCCACCAAAAUACCCCUGUGCUAAUGACACCACCAUAUGCCUACAGCCAGAGAAAAUCUGCAGUGGGACGAUUGACUGUCCAGAUGGGUCGGAUGAAGGACCAUUGUGUGAUGAAUGUUCUCUAAAUAAUGGAGGUUGCAGUCAUCAGUGUGCCAUGGCUCCUGGGAGAGGAAUUGUUUGUUCAUGCCCUGUGGGACUUCAUCUGAACUCAGACAACAAAACCUGUGAAACGGUGGAUUACUGUUCCAGACACCUCAAGUGCAGUCAAGUGUGUGAGCAGUACAAAGCCACUGUCAAGUGUUCUUGCUAUGAUGGGUGGAGACUUAGUCCAGACGGAGAGAACUGCCACAGUACUGAUCCUUUUGAGGCUUUCAUCAUUUUUUCCAUCCGGCAUGAGAUCAGAAGGAUAGAUCUUCACAAACGAGACUACAGCUUGUUAGUUCCAGGUUUAAGAAACACGAUAGCUCUUGACUUCCAUUUUAACCAGAGCUUACUUUACUGGACUGAUGUUGUUGAAGACAAAAUUUACAGAGGCAAGCUUGCAGAUGCUGGGGGUGUUACUGGAAUAGAAGUUGUGGUGCAACAUGGCUUGGCAACUCCUGAGGGUUUAGCGGUGGACUGGAUAGCAGGAAAUUUCUACUGGAUUGAUAGCAAUUUGGACCAAAUUGAAGUAGCUAAAUUGGAUGGAACAAUGAGAACAACAUUAAUUGCGGGUGCCAUGGAGCACCCAAGAGCCAUAGCAUUGGAUCCUCAACAUGGAAUUCUCUUCUGGACAGACUGGGAUGCAAUAUUUCCUCGCAUUGAGGCUGCCUCUAUGAGUGGUGCAGGACGGCACGUUAUUUUUAAAGACAUGGAAAUUGGGGCAUGGCCUAACGGACUUACUGUAGACCACCUGGAAAGCAGAAUUGUAUGGACAGAUGCCAGGUCUGAUGCCAUUUAUUCAGCCUUGUACGAUGGCACGGGUAGAAUCGAGAUUCUGCGAGGUCAUGAGUACCUUUCACACCCUUUUGCUGUUUCCCUCUUUGGAGGCAAUGUGUACUGGACAGAUUGGAGGACAAACACCCUGGCAAAAGCUAACAAGUGGACUGGACGUAAUGUGACAGUGAUACAGAAAACCAGUGCCCAGCCUUUUGAUUUACAGAUCUACCAUCCCAGCAGACAGCCUCAAGCCUCAAAUCCAUGUGCAGCGAAUAACGGUAGAGGCCUCUGCUCACAUUUGUGUCUGAUCAAUUACAACAGAACCGCUGCAUGUGCGUGCCCUCAUCUUAUGAAACUCUCUUCUAACAACAAAACCUGCUUUGAAGUGAAGACAUUUCUUCUCUAUGCUAGACACUCAGAAAUCCGCGGCGUAGAUAUAGACAAUCCCUAUUUGAACAUCAUAACAGCCUUCACUGUACCUGACAUUGAUGAUGUGACAGUUGUGGAUUAUGAAGCAUUGGAGGAGAGAAUUUAUUGGACUGAUGUAAAAACCCAAACAAUUAAACGAGCCUUUGUAAAUGGCACUGGGCUGGAGACAAUAAUCUCUGGAGAUAUACUUAAUGUCCGUGGGCUGGCUUUAGAUUGGAUAUCCAGGAAUAUGUACUGGUUAAGCUCGGAGUAUGAUGAAACUCAAAUAAACAUUGCCCGAUUAGAUGGCUCCUUAAGGACAACUGUCAUUCAUGGAAUUGAUAAACCAAAGUGUCUUGUGGUACAUCCUUCAAAGGGGAAGCUUUACUGGACUGAUGGGAACACAAUUAACAUGGCUAACAUGGAUGGAAGUAACAGUAAGAUCCUUCACCAGAAUCAGAAAGAACCAGUUGGUCUGUCGAUAGACUAUGCAGCAAACAUGCUGUAUUGGAUCAGUUCAGGAAACAGAACCAUAAAUAGAUGUAACUUGAACGGUAGUAAUUUAGAGAUUAUGGAGUCCAUGAAGAAAGAAUUAACUAAAGCUACGGCUCUGGCUGUUAUGGGUGACAAACUUUGGUGGGCAGAUGAAAAUUCAGCUCAGUUUGGCACUGUAAACAAGAAAGAUGGGAGAAACCCAGUCGUAUUGAGGAAUAAAACUGCAGGGGUGGUCCACAUUAAAGUUUAUGACAAAGAUGGACAAAAAGGAAGAAAUCCUUGCCAGCUGAACAAUGGCGGCUGCUCUCAACUCUGCUUGCCUACAUCUGAGAACACCAGAACCUGCUCAUGUACGGUGGGAUAUGACUUGCGAAAUGACCGCACUUCUUGUGAAGGUAUUGGAUCCUUCCUUAUGUACUCUAUUCAUGAAGGAAUCAGAGGGAUCUCUUUGGACCCCAGCGACAGUACAGAAACUCUGAUGCCAAUAACAGGAACAUUAUUUGCAGUAGGAGUGGAUUUUCAUGCAGAAAAUGACACAAUCUAUUGGACAGAUAUGGGUUUAAACAGAAUCAGUAGAGCUAAGCGAGAUCAGACAUGGAAGGAAGACAUCAUUACCAAUGGUGUCGGGAGAGUAGAAGGGAUUGCAGUUGACUGGAUCGCUGGUAACAUAUAUUGGACUGACCACGGCUUUAAUCUCAUUGAGGUUGCAAGACUCAAUGGUUCGUUCCGUUCUGUGGUCUUAUCUGAUGGGCUUGAUCAGCCAAGAGCUAUUGCUGUGCAUCCAGAGAAAGGGUACAUGUUCUGGACAGAAUGGGGCCAGACCCCCUGCAUUGGAAGAGCACGUUUAGAUGGCUCAGAGCAAGUUAUAUUUAUUAGCUCGGGUAUUGCCUGGCCUAACGGGAUCUCAAUUGACUAUGAGGAAAAUACAUUAUACUGGUGUGACGCCCGCACAGACAAGAUAGAAAGGAUCAACCUUGAGAGCGGAGAGAGCCGAGAGAUUGUGCUGUCGGGGAGCAACGUGGAUAUGUUUUCAGUGGCAGUCUUUGGGGUUUACAUCUACUGGUCUGACAGGGCACACGCCAACGGCUCCAUCAGAAGGGGCUUCAAGAGUGAUGCUACAGAUGCCUUGACCAUAAGAAGUGGCCUCGGAAUAAACCUGAAAGAUGUGAAAGUCUUUAACAGAGCCAAAGAGAAAGGUACGAAUCCUUGUGCCAAGAAUAAUGGUGGCUGUCAGCAGCUUUGCUUCUAUCUUGGAAGUGGGCGGAGGACCUGUGCUUGUGCCCAUGGCUAUCUCUCUGAGGAUGGACUUCAUUGUCAGAAUUAUGACGGCUACCUGCUGUAUUCUGAGAGAACCAUACUGAAGAGUAUUCACCUUUCAGAUGAGACCAAUUUAAACUCUCCAAUAAAGCCUUGUGAGAACCCUGCCUAUUUUAAGAAUGUCAUAGCUCUUGCCUUUGACUAUAGCCAAAGGGUAAAAGGAACUAAUCGCAUCUUCUUCAGCGAUGCUCAUUUUGGGAAUAUCCAGGUGAUCAAUGACGACUGGACAGGGAGACGUAUCAUUAUUGAAAAUGUGGGCUCUGUUGAAGGACUGGCCUAUCACAGGGCUUGGGAUACCCUCUACUGGACCAGCUCCACCACUUCAACUAUAACAAGACAUACCAUUGACCUGACCAGACCAGGGGCAUUCAGUAGAGAGGCAGUCAUCAUCAUGUCAGAGGAAGACCACCCCCAUGUUCUUGCUUUGGAUGAGUGUCAGAAUUUAAUGUUUUGGACUAAUUGGAAUGAGCAGCACCCAAGCAUCAUGAGGGCCACAUUGGCAGGAAACAACAUCCAGGUCAUUGUCAGCACUGACAUCGUCACACCGAACGGGCUGACCAUAGACCACAAAGCAGAGAAGCUGUACUUCUCAGAUGGAAGCUUGGGGAAAAUUGAAAGGUGUGAAUAUGAUGGCUCAAACAGAUACGUCAUUGUGAAGUCAGGACCAGGAACCUUUUUUGGUCUGGCAAUUUACGGAGACUUCAUCUUUUGGUCAGAUUGGGUAAGGCGGGCAAUUCUGCGUUCAAAUAAGUACACAGGAGGUGAGAUGAAGGUACUACGAGCCGAUAUACCUCAUCAGCCAAUGGGAAUUGUAGCUGUGGCCAAUGAUACCAAUAGCUGUGAAUUGUCUCCCUGCAAGGUGAUAAAUGGAGGUUGCGAUGACCUUUGUGUUUUGACCCCUGAUGGAAGGGUGAACUGCACUUGUAGGGGAGAACGAAUACUCUUAGAUGCUAAUAGAUGUGUGUCUAAAAACUCCUCAUGCAGUAUCCACACAGAGUUUGAAUGUGCAAAUGGCGAGUGCAUUGACUAUCAGUUGACGUGUGAUGGAAUAGCUCAUUGUAAAGACAAGUCGGAUGAGAAAAUGCAAUAUUGUGAUAACAGGAACUGCAGGAAAGGUUUCAAACGCUGUUACAAUCAGCGCUGUGUUGCAAACAGUAGGUUUUGUGACGGGCUGGAUGACUGUGGGGAUAAUUCAGAUGAAGUGAACUGUAAUAAUUCUACAUGCAAUUCAUCAGAAUUCCGCUGUCAGGAUGGGACCUGCAUUGCAAACUCAGCUUGGUGCAACCAGAUCAUUGACUGUACAGAUGCUUCUGAUGAAAAGAACUGCAAUAACACAGAGUGCUUGGAAUUUUACAAACUUGGAGUUAAAGCAACAGGUUUCAUUAGCUGCAAUUCCACUUCACUCUGCAUUCUUCCAACAUGGGUCUGCGAUGGAUCAAAUGAUUGUGGCGAUUAUGCAGAUGAAACAAACUGCCAGGUUUCCCACAGUCACCAGUGUGAAGAUGGUUAUUUUGUUUGCCCCAGUGGGAAUUGUAUCUCAAGUGUUUGGUUGUGUGAUGGACAAAAAGACUGUGAAGAUGGAGCAGAUGAAUACCAGUGUGAUUCUUCCUGCUUGUGGAAUCAGUUUGCUUGCUCCAAGGACAAGUGUAUUGCUAAGCAGUGGGUCUGUGAUGGGGAGGAUGACUGUGGGAAUGGGUUGGAUGAAAGUGAAGAGCUGUGUGGUUCCGUAACCUGCGCCACAGGCAUGUUUAGCUGCCCUGGUUCUCAUGCCUGUGUCCCACAACGCUGGCUGUGUGAUGGAGAGAGAGACUGCCCUAAUGGAAGUGAUGAGCUCUCUGCAGCUGGCUGUGCCCCAAAUACCACUUGUGAUGAAAAUGCCUUUUUAUGUCGCAACAAAGCCUGCAUUCCAAAGCAAUUUGUAUGUGACCAUGAUAAUGACUGCGAAGAUGGAUCUGAUGAGUCUCCAGAGUGUGUAUAUCGUACUUGUGGUCCCGGAGAGUUUCGCUGUGCGGAUGGAAGAUGUCUGUUGAAGGCACAGUGGGAAUGUGAUGGAGAUUCUGAUUGCCCUGACCAUUCUGAUGAAGCUCCACUAAACCCAAAGUGCUCAGCUGCAGAAAGUUUGUGCAAUGGUUCAUUUUUCAUGUGUGCAAAUGGCCAGUGCAUUCCUGUGGGGGGUCUUUGCAAUAAAGCAGAUGACUGUGGGGAUGGCUCUGAUGAAAGGAACUGCAAUGUGAAUGAGUGUUUGAACAGAAGAAUCAGCGGCUGUUCUCAGGAAUGUCAGGAUCUUCCACUUGGAUACAAGUGUAAAUGUUGGCCAGGAUUCCAACUGAAGGAUGAUGGAAAAACAUGCGCUGACAUUGAUGAAUGUUCAUCUGGCUUCCCCUGCAGCCAGCAGUGCAUCAAUAUUUAUGGAUCAUACAAGUGCUCGUGUGAAGAAGGAUAUGAAGCACGAGCUAAUAAUCCUAAUAGCUGCAAGUCUCUCUCAGGUGAAGAGCCUUUCCUAAUACUUGCUGAUCAUCAUGAAAUUAGGAAAAUAAGUGUUGAUGGAUCCAAUUACAUUCUGCUGAAACAGGCACUCAGUAAUGUUAUUGCAAUAGACUUUGACUACAGAAAGGAGUUUAUUUAUUGGAUUGACUCCAGCAGACCAAACGGAAGAAGAAUAAAUAGAAUGCGCCUGAAUGGAAGCGACCUAAAGAUUGUUCAUCGUACAGCAGUCCCAAGCGCAUUGGCUGUUGACUGGAUUGGGAAGAAUCUCUAUUGGUGUGACACAGAGAGAAAAAGUGUUGAGGUUUCAAAAGUCAAUGGCUUGUAUCCCACAAUCCUCGUGAGCUCUGGGCUGAAAAACCCCAAAGAUUUGGCAUUGGAUACUCAAGCUGGAUAUGUGUAUUGGAUUGACUGUUGCGAGUCUCCUCACAUUGGUCGUGUUGGUAUGGAUGGGACCUAUCAAAGUGUUGUCAUCGACACAGAAGUCUCAAGGCCCGUUGCUCUUACAAUAGAUUACAUCAACCAGAGGCUCUAUUGGGCUGAUGAAAAUCAUAUUUUGUUUUCUAAUAUGGAUGGAUCUAAUAGGCAAAAAGUCCCUAAUCAAGACAUUCAAGGGGUGAUUGGGCUAACAGUGUUUGAAGACUACAUCUAUUGGACGGAUGGGAAAUCUAAGUCAGUCAACCGGGCUCACAAAACCUCAGGAGCCGAAAGGAUGUCGCUACUUAACUCUUGGCAUGCAAUAACAGAUAUACAGGUGUACCACCCAUUUAGACAACCAGAUGUGCCUAAACAUCCGUGCCAAGUGAAUAAUGGGGGUUGCAGUCACCUGUGUUUGCUCUCUCCUGGUGGAGGUUACAAAUGUGCCUGUCCAACUAAUUUCUACCUGGCUGCUGAUCACAAGACCUGUUUGUCCAACUGUACAGCAAGUCAGUUCCGUUGUGGGACUGAUGAAUGUAUUCCUUUUUGGUGGAAAUGUGAUACGGUUGAUGAUUGUGGGGAUGGAUCCGAUGAACCUGUGGACUGUCCUGAAUUUAAAUGCCAGCCUGGGCGAUUUCAGUGUGGAACUGGGCUCUGCGCCCUUCCUCCUUUCAUAUGCGAUGGAGAAAAUGACUGCGGGGACAAUUCUGAUGAAGCCAACUGUGAUACUUAUGUUUGCCUGUCGGGGCAGUUUAAGUGUACAAAGAAGCAGAAGUGUAUCCCCUUAAACCUGCGGUGUAACAGUCAGGAUGACUGUGGAGAUGGGGAGGAUGAAAUGGAUUGUCCUGAUAGUACCUGUUCUCCAGACCAAUUCCAGUGCAAAACCACAAAACACUGCAUAUCCAAAUUAUGGGUGUGUGAUGAGGAUCCUGAUUGUGCUGAUGGAUCAGAUGAGGCUAGCUGUGAUGAAAAGACUUGUGGACCUCAUGAAUUCCAUUGUCAGAAUAACAACUGUAUUCCAGACCACUGGAGAUGUGACAGUCAGAAUGACUGUGGAGACAACUCGGAUGAGGAGAACUGCAAUCCCAGUACCUGCAACUCUAAAGAUUUUGUCUGUGCGAAUGGAGACUGCGUAUCUGCUCGAUUUAGGUGUGACGGAGACUACGAUUGUGUUGACAGUUCAGAUGAGAAAGGUUGUGAAACUCGUUGCUCUCAAGACCAGUUCCAGUGCCUAAAUAGCCACUGUAUUUCAUUAAAAUGGUUGUGUGAUGGUCAAGAGGACUGCAAGGCUGGGGAAGAUGAGGAAAACUGUGAUAAAGUAGUGAUUCCUUCUUGCUCCUCCAAGGAAUAUGUCUGCCCUAGUGGGGGCUGUGUAGCAGCUAACUUAAGAUGCAAUGGAAUUGAUGACUGUGCUGAUGGUUCAGAUGAGGUUGACUGUGUGACAGACUGCAGAGAAGAUGAAUUUCGAUGUCAGAACAGAGCUCAUUGUAUCCCAGCUAGAUGGCGAUGUGAUGGUGUCCAUGACUGUGUGGAUCACAGUGACGAAGAAAACUGUGACCAUGAUGGAUAUACAUGCCGUGCUGACGAGUUUGUCUGCAACAACACUCUUUGUAAACUCCAUGUGUGGGUAUGUGAUGGUGAGGAUGACUGUGGAGACAACUCAGAUGAAGAUCCUGAAAUGUGUGCGAAGUUCCCUUGUCCUCCAACAAGGCCUUAUCGGUGCAGAAAUGAUCGAGUGUGCCUGAGAUCGGAACACAUUUGCAAUGGUGUAGAUGACUGUGGAGAUGGCUCAGAUGAAGAACAGUGUGAGAAGGUGAUAGAAAAGCAGAGACCCUGUGGAAAGUCUCAGUUUACCUGCAGUAAUAAGAGGUGCAUCCCUACGGAGCUGCAGUGUGAUCUAUUUGAUGACUGUGGGGAUGGAGGCUCAGAUGAGCGUGAUUGCAAAAAGUCUCCCAGUGAAGAUAUGUGUGAAGGAAAAAUUAAUCCAUGUGGUGAAGAUGCAGUCUGUAAUCAAACCAAAACAGCUGCUGUUUGUCGGUGCAAGCCCGGUUUUCAGAGAAAUCAAAAGGAUAAGCAAUGCAAAGAAAUCAAUGAGUGCCUGCAGAUUGGUUCCUGCUCUCACUACUGCACAAACACUAAAGGUUCCUUCAAGUGUGCAUGUGACAGAAAUUACAGGGAGAUCAAUGGCACCUGUAAAGCAAAAGGACCAGAAGAUCAAGUGCUCUACAUAGCUAAUGACACUGAAAUCCGAGGUUUUGUGUAUCCAUUUAACCAGAGCCAUGGACACAAACAACUAGCUCGCAUUGAGGACAAUGCCAGAAUCAUUGGGAUGGAUGCUCUGUAUCAAGGACACAAGAUUAUCUGGGGUACCCAGUUUAACCCAGGUGGAAUUUUUUACAAAGAGAUCCUUGGCAGAGGCCAAUCUCAAACAAAUAGUGGAAUAAUAUGUCCUGACUUCAGAAGACCCAGGGGUGUUUCAGCUGACUGGGUGACUGGGAAUAUAUACUGGACAGAUCACUCCAGAAUGCACUGGUUCAGCUACUAUACAACACAUUGGACAAGAUUAAGAUAUUCCAUUAACGUAGGACAUCUUGGCAGAUCAAACUGUACCCGUCUUAUAACGGACAUUGCAGGAGAGCCGUACGCAAUUGCUGUUAAUCCAGUUCAAGGAAUGAUGUAUUGGACAGUAAUUGGUGACCAUUCUCAUAUAGAAGAAGCAGCCAUGGAUGGUACUAUGAGAAGAAUAUUGUUAGAAAAGAAUUUAAGGCGGCCCACAGGACUGGCAGUUGAUUAUUUCAACCAACGUCUGUAUUGGGCUGAUUCAGAGCUUUCAGUGAUUGGAAGUUUACGUUUUGAUGGAUCUGAUUCUCUGGUGGCCAUCAGCAGCAAACAUGGUAUAUUACAACCUCACCAAAUUGACAUUUUUGAGGAUUAUAUCUUUGGAGUUGGGUUGAAAAACAAUGUAUUUAAAGUACACAAGUAUGGUCACAAACCAGUGGAGUAUAUUGAUUCAGGACUUGAGAAGGCCACCAGUGUUUUGGUCUCCCAUCGUUACAAGCAGCCAGACAUAAGUAACCCAUGUCUAAAAAAGAACUGCGAGUUUCUGUGUUUACUGAACCCAAAUGGUGCAAGCUGCUCAUGCCCAGAAGGAAAAGUCUUGAUUAAUGGAACAUGUGGUGAUACAAGUAUUUCAGGUGAUCUCUGCCAACCAGCUUGUGAGAAUGGAGGGAGGUGUAUUAUAAAUGAGAAGGGUGAAAUGAGAUGUUACUGUUGGCCUAAUUUCUCUGGAGAGAAUUGUGAAAUUAACCACUGCAAAGACUACUGUCAAAAUGGUGUGACAUGCACAGGCUCCCCUUCAGGGAAACCCACCUGUCGAUGUACACUUGGAUUCACAGGUCCAAACUGUGAAAGAAGAAUGUGUGAUAAUUUCUGUCUGAACGGUGGCAUGUGUGAUAUAAGUCAAGGGAAUCAGCCUCUGUGUCGCUGCCCUGCAGACUAUACUGGGGACCGAUGUCAGUAUCAUGUCUGUCAUCACUACUGCAUGAACUCAGAAGCCUGUACAAUUUCUAAUGAUGGGCUUGUUGAGUGUGUGUGUCCUCCACGCUAUGAGGGAUCGUUAUGCGAGCUGGACAAGUGCGUGAGAUGCCUAGGAGGACUGUGCAUUAUUGACUCCAACACUGGUGAUGUGGCUUGCAACUGUACUAAUGGAAGAGUUGCAUCUAGCUGCCAGUUAUGUGAUGGGUACUGUUAUAACAGUGGCACCUGUCAACUAGAUUCAGAGAAUAACAUGCCAUUUUGCCACUGUACAGCUGAGUUCAAAAAUCAGCGCUGUGAUGAGAAAGUGAACCCUUGUGAUUACUACUGUCAGAAUGAGGGGAUUUGCACAUUAACUGCGUUUAACGAACCCAGAUGCAAGUGCUCAGCCAACUGGUCAGGCACACAGUGCGAGAGGCCAGCUCCCAAGAGCAGCCGCUCUGACAAUGCCAGCGGGAGAAGCAUUGCUAUCAUUGUACCACUUGUCCUUCUAGUUAUAUUGAUAACUGCUGUUGUUGUUGGCGUCCUCAUUUGCAAAAGGCGGCAGCGAGGGAAAAGGGUUCAGAGACAGCCAGUGACCAACGGUGGAAUUAAUGUUGAGAUUGGAAACCCUUCUUAUAACAUGUAUGAAGUGGAACAUGAUAAUCAUGAAGAUGCUGGAGACAUUUUACGUCCAAACUUUACACUGGACCCACAUAAGGGGUGGUGUGUGAGGCCUACUGAACCUCACAGCUUGCCUGUCCACACAAUCCCUAAGGAGAUUAUCCUUGGACAGCCUAUGAAUUACGCCAACCCAAUGUACGCAAAACUUUACCUUGAUGGACAGAACUGUCGGAAAACAUUAAGCCAUGUGGACGAACGUAAAGAGCUCCUCCCAAAGAAACUUGAGGGUACUAUUCGAGAAACUGCUGCAUAGACGAAUCUUACAUUCUUAACUUCUUUUAUACAAUCUGUAUAAAUGUAAAAAAAAAAAAAAAAAAAAAAAAAAAAAUAGAAUAAUUUUCUAUGUCCCUGGUGGGUUCUGAUAAUCUUUUUCUGCAUCAGCAUUACCUCCUCGUUUAGUUUUUUGUGCUGAUUGAACUAUUGACCGACCAUUUGUAUCGUAUUUUUAUGAGAAAUAUUAAACUGCACUAUAUAAUAUAAAAUGCUACUGCUGCUGCUGAUUUGCAAACACUGUUAUACACAAUAUAUUUAUAGGAGGUCAAUAUUAUCACAAGGGUAUUAGACAGAUAUUUUGUAUUGAAUUUCCAUUAUUUGUUUUUCUUUUCCAACAUUUGUCUUAAGUGCUGCAGAUUGUCUAUUCACAAAAUCUGUUAAUUUUGUUGCAUAAAGUCCAUGCCAGAUGUUACUUUAGAACUUUUACAUCACUGUUUGUUUUUCUUUGUCCUGACAUUUUUGUCAAUACAGAGUAUGUGAUUUACAAGAUAAAAAUGAAUGAUGGAAAUUCACUUGGAACUACAGCUUUAUGAUGUAUUGGUUACAGUGGUUGUGUAAAUGUUUGUUAAAAGCCAGCAGAAAAUUAAACUUUUAAGAAACACUUUUUUUCAUUUAUGUCAAGCAGUGUACAAACGUUUUAUUUUUAUUUUUAUCAAAUUAAAAUAAGAUAGAGUUGUGCAUCUUUAUAAACAUGAUAUCGGUUUUGAUCCUUAAAUGCCUAGAAAAAUGUAAUAUUGGUCGAUCAAACUUCAGCUCACACUUUUAUGUAAGACCUGUUUUUUUUAUACCUGCUUUAAUUAUACACAUUUCUUGACUGUUCCUAAGGAGACUGUGUGGUUUGUCUUUUUUUUUUUUAAAUAUACUCUCCAACCUUUACAAGGAUAUGAAAAUAAUAUGUGAGUUCAUGUUUUAUAACUAAGGCCCUAACUGUCAAUAUGCUGUAUAUCAUAAGUAAGCAUUGUUUUAGACUCAAUCAGUAACAAGACAUGUACAUUUAAGAUGUAUCCAAGUUGAAUAUAAUUUCUCAAUUAUGUUAACACACUUUCACGAUUGCCAGGCAGAAAUGCCUAGAAAAAAUAUGUUCUACUGAAAAAAAUCUUUAUCUUUUAAGCUACUCCAGUAAAUCAGAAAACAUCUUCAAGACCAGACAGUGACUGCAUUUAAAUGUAAAAAUGAAAUCAAGACCAUGCCCACAAAUGUGUUCUCAUUUAACGUAUUACUGUGUGCCAUAAGUGCGUGAACAUUGAUAGCGUUACAUGCAGACAAUUUCCUUAAGCAGCUUCCACAUGACUGCCAUUAAAUUCAAACCAAAUGUCCCAUGAUGUGAAAGUGGCAAAUGUUGUAAAAUACCUUUAAUAAUCUGGAUGUAUUCCACACCAUUACUAUGUAUUCAUCAAGGAAACACACAUACUUCUAACCACAUAGUAAAACCACAUGGUUUAGAACAUUACUAUACAUAUCAUACUUAUGAGUUAUUUAAGAGUGGUUGGCUGUUAUGUAACUUUCAUGCUCAUUGGACUAAUUAUUUGAAUUCUUGUCUAAUCUCCCAGUAUCCUUUUUUUAAACCACAAGGGGGCAGCACUAACAUGUAUACCAUUUUUCCUCAUUAGGGUUUUUGGCUUGGAUUGAGGACUGAAAAUGCUGAGCCACGUGAUUAACUCUACAGUGUAGUCAUGUUGUAACUGUUUAUGACAUAUUUGUUAAAAUGCUGCAUUAUUUUAGGUAUUGACAAAGCUAAUUUCCAAUAAAUAAAAAAACAAAUGGCUUUUUUGUCAUUGCAAACAAUGGUUUAUUGUACAACAUUGUAAGGACUUUCUGGUCA